CGUGAUGAUAGUAGCUGGACAGCAGCAGCAGCAGCUAUACAUGCCCUCAUGAAUGAAUCAUCGACCACCCCAACCCAACCCCCUGCCGCGCCCGCACCCAGCGCCCCGAGCCCUGCUCCCCCAUCGUCUUCUUCCUUGUCCGUCUCCACUACCGACCAACGGGCUGCCUGCUCACACUUCGCCACUACUGCUGCUGCGCGUUGGCGAGCGCGCGUGGUUCACGAGCGAGCUCCACCACAAGCCCAGUCGCGCACGGCAGCCGUUUUGCUUGUUUUGUUUGCUUUCCGCCUCUUCCGUGCUUCCUCUUUUGGGCGGCCUGGCUGGGCUAGCUAGCUGUUCUGUUCAUUCCGAGUUCCCGGCAUAGAACACGAGGUUGGAGUUAGAGGCUUACCGAGGGAGCAGACAGCAGAGGACACUAUAAGAGUAGCUAGCCCUACCCAAUAUCUUCAGCCGUGCUUGCCAACUUGGAGAGAGAGAGAGAGAGAGAGAGAGAGAGAGAGAGAGAGAGAGAGAGAGAGAGAGAGAGAGAGAGAGAGAGAGAGAGAGAGAGAGAGAGAGAGAGAGAGAGAAGAGAAGAGAAGAGAAGAGAAGGGAGUGAGUGAUCGCAGGAAGGAGGAUCGGAGUGAUGGGAGACGCAGCAGAGACCAACAAGACUCUUCACAACUGGAUGGGCGAGCCGAGGCCGAGGUCGAGCGACCAGCGCGACGAGGAGGAGACGCUUCAGCUCAGCCUCGGCCUCCCCGGAGGAGGAGCAAGUGCGGGUGGUGGGGUAGCACCCGCCGCCUGGAGAAUGCUGCCGGCCAGAGACGAGGAGAUGCGCUCUGCUGCUGCUGUCGUCGACACCUCCCUGCUCUCUCUCGGCUACUCCGCCCCAGCUUUCUCGCCCCGCUCACCAGGCAAGGCAAAGGGGUCCCCAGCAGCAGCUACAGAGAAUGCCCUUGCAUCCACCAACAACGCCUCCCAGAGAAGAUCUCCAAAUACCCCGGUUAUUGGGUGGCCUCCAGUUCGUGCCUUCAGAAGAAAUCUGGCCACCUCUAGCAGAGCAUCCCUUGAACAUCAGAAUGGGAAGAAGGAAGACAAACCUGAACAGACCACAAAAAGAGCUCCAUUUGUAAAGAUCAACAUGGACGGCAUCCCUAUUGGUAGAAAAAUCGAUCUGAGUGCCCUCGGUAGUUACGAUGAGCUGUCUCUGUCUGUCGACAAGCUAUUCCGGGGGCUUCUUGCAGCACAACAAGACCCUCUGGCUGCCGGCGCAAAGGAGUGUUCACAGGAAGAGGUGGCGAUAUCGGGUUUACUAGAUGGAACUGGGGAGUACACUCUGGUUUAUGAGGAUUAUGAAGGCGAUAGGGUGCUGGUUGGCGAUGUCCCCUGGGGGAUGUUUGUUUCUUCGGUGAAGAGGCUGCGCGUUCUGAAGACAUCUGACCUCUCUUCAUCUCUAACAGCACCUCCUGGCCAGAAGAGGACGGUAACUGAGUGUCCAGUGUUUACCUCUUAGACACUUCCUUGCAGUGAUGUUGGUGUGCUGUGAAGAAGAAAACGUCUUCUGAGCUUGUAUCAUCUUUCUUCGUGGUUUCUUCCUCUUCUUUUCCCUACUUUCUCUUGGAAGGGAUCAUCAAAGAACCGAACCGACCUUUUGGGUUUUCCUGCUCUUGUUUAUUUUGUUUCUCUUUCCGGGAAGCGAUGUGACCUUUUGGGUUGUAUGUAAAUGUUCAGACGAACCAGCUCUAUGUUUAUGCAGCCUAUCCUGUCUGUUGCCUUUUACACACCGAGGACAUGUACUGUUUGUUGUGGUCAUGAUGGCUGAAAUCGACGAUUUUUUUCCCGUCAA